UAGAUGUUGAUAAUACGUCACGUCAUACAAUGGUAUUCCUUCGAAAUAUCAUUGAUAUCGAAAGGAAACAAUAUAUGUAUUCACAAUUAAUAUCCUUUCGCUGAACGGUGGGUUUUCUGGGAAUUGUACGUAUAUCUUUCGUUUCGCUUUAACUGGUUCUAUUCCAUAAUUUUGCGGUUUCGUAAUUUAAGCAGCUCUGACAUUACACGCGAUAGAUUCGUGUUCUGUCUUUUAAAUGAAUUGACGGUAUAUAAUUAUGUAACAGGCAAAGACGUCAGAUAGAACAGGAAUAAUUUAAUUUAAAGGGUUGGUCAAAGGAGAAAGGUGGGGAUCAAGGAAAGAAAAUGGCGAAUCACCUUGAUGAGUUGUUGGCUUGUUUGGGUAAACCGGGUCGUUAUCAAACACUCAUCUUUAUUUGUCUGGCGUUAAACUAUUGUCCUCUUGUCUUUAACCAUGUUAUUAUGGCGUUUUUCGGUUCCACACCACCCCACACGUGUGUAGCAGGAAAACACUUGAACAUUUCUGGAAUUUCAGCCGUUCUGGUUGAUACGAAAAAUGCGAAAUGUGAGAGUCAGUUGAUAUUUGAUAAUAAUGAAACGCGAUCUAUGAAAUGUUCUGGAGAUGACUGGAUGUUUUAUGGUUAUGAUCGAGAGAAGACGAUAGUUACAGAGUGGGACCUGGUUUGUGAUGAUUCCUAUUUAAGUGGACUAGCAACUACAAUAUAUUUCUGUGGUGUAAUGGUUGGUGGUCUGUUGUUUGGUUGGUUUGCGGAUCAGUUUGGUAGACGGCCAAUUAUGUUGUUAUGUUUAUAUCUACCGAUACCUAUUGGUAUUGGUAUCUCAUUCGCUAACUCCUACAUCUUGUUUGUUGUGUUGAGAUUUUUUCAAGGUAUCCUCAUGCAGGGUCUCCAGACAUCAUCAUAUAUUCUGGCCAUGGAACUGGUUGUCCCGAGACAUCGACCGUAUAUCGGUGCAUUUAUAGAAUGUUUUUGGGGAGCAAGUGUAAUAACUGUAGCAGGUCUGGCAUAUUUUAUACGUAAUUGGCGAUAUAUUCAGCUUGCUAUUAGUAUACCCAGUGUUCUUGCUGCUUUUUAUAUAUGUUUUGUACCCGAGUCAUUAAGAUGGUUGAUAAUGAGGAAGAAAUUUGACGAGGCUGGGAAACUCAUCGAGAAAACAUGUCGUGUUAAUAAACUUCCUGUUCCCACUGAUACAUGGGAAAUUAUAAAAAAUCAAAGUAUUAAAGAUUACAGUCGUACAAAUUAUAAUUUUAUACAUUUGUUAAAAACACCAGAGUUAAGAAAGAGAAGUCUAAUCAUGUUUUAUUGUUGGGUAGCAGUAGCUGUAGGAUACUAUGGUCUAACUUUUAAAAUAACGAGUCUAGCAGGAAAUAAAUAUCUGAACUUUUUUAUUGGUGCAGUUGUAGAGUUUAUAGCUUAUGUUCUGGCUAUAGGUGUCAUGAGAUUUUUUGGAAGAAAGAAACCCAUGAUAUUUUAUGCAUUUGUUGCUUCCAUUACGUGCAUUAUUGCUGGAGCAUUGCCGAAAAUAUCAGAAAAUGGAACUGAUUUAACAAUGAUAUCAACAGGUUUUGCGAUAGCUGGUCGAUUCUCAAUGGCAGGAAUGUUCAGCGUUAUUUUCUUAUUUACGUCUGAACUUUAUCCUACAGUUAUACGAAAUAUUGGUUUAGGGACUUGUGCUUUUUGGGCCAGACUUGGUGGCGUUAUUGCUCCUCAGAUAAAUAGUUUGAGUAAAUUUGCAUCAAGUUCUGUACCAAGUUCGAUACCAGUUAUCGUGUUUGGGGUCAUGACCUUUAUAGCAGCAUUUCUCAUCUUUCUCCUGCCAGAGACACAUAACCAGAAAUUGGCGGAUACUAUAGAAGAUGUAGAAAACAAGUUAGAUAACUCUAUAGAGAAAGAUUACAGGGUAGAUAACUCUAAACAAAAAGAUAUACCCAGUGAAUCAGUAGAUACAAGGCUUUAAUAAGAAGGUAUUGUUGAGGUUACACUACAACUACAAGUACAUCGUGUAGCUACUAAAGGUACCAUUGAACCCAUAACAUUCACUUUAAAGUUUCGAUAUUUAUUGCUGUUGAGGUUAUACUUGUGAAAUUCCUAUGUUUAUGAUUUAGUCUUUAUUUUACAUGUAAAUUUCUUAACGAUUAAAUCUUGAACUACAAGUACAUCAUGUAGCUGCUAACAGGUACCAUUGAGAUUAUACGUCUGAAAUUCCUAUGUUAAUGGUUAAUUUUUAUUUUACAUGUAAAUUCCUGAACAAUUAAAUCUUGAGCUAUAAAUACUUCAUGCAGCUGGUACCAGGUAGUCUACCAUUGAACACACAACAGUCACUUUGUAAUUCCUAAUAUAACUGUAUAUAUUGUGUUCUUUAACAUUCUUUAGCCAGCUGUGUUGGUUUUAUUGUAAUGUCCAUGAGGCUGUACUAUCAGCAGGCUGUAUUGGUUUUAAUGUAAUGUCCAUGGGGCUGUACUAUCAGCAGGCUAUAUUGGUUUUAUUGUGAUGACCAUGGGGCUGUACUAUCAGGAGGCUAUAUUGGUUUUAUUGUGAUGACCAUGGGGCUGUACUAUCAGCAGGCUAUAUUGGUUUUAUUGUAAUGUCCAUGGAGCUGUACUAUCAGGAGGCUAUAUUGGUUUUAUUGUAAUAUCCAUGAGGCUGUACUAUCAGCAGGCUAUAUUGGUUUUAUUGUAAUAUCCAUGGAACUGUACUAUCAGCAGGCUAUAUUGGUUUUAUUGUAAUGUCCAUGGAGCUGUACUAUCAGGAGGCUAUUGUAAUAUACAUGGUGCUAUACUAUCAGCAGGCUAUAUUGGUUUUAUUGUAAUGUCCAUGAGGCUGUACUAUCAGGAGGCUAUAUUGGUUUUAAUGUAAUGUCCAUGGUUUUAUUGUAAUAUCCCAUGGACUGUAUUGUUAAUGUAAUUACCUGUAAUCCAUGUUGGUUAUAAUAUAUUUACCUGCAGGGCAUAUUUAGGAUAUUUUUAAGUCUUUAAAAUUUUCAUAUUUUUAUCAAAAUUGUGAUUCUUCAUAUAGAAACUUGGUAUUAUCACUAUUUUCUUAUAUUGCCUAUGUUUUGUUGAGCAGUUGUCCAUUAGAAUACACAAAAUUAAUCAAAUUUUCAUUUGUCUAAAGUUUCACGGCUUAAUUAUACUCAGAUUUAUUUGUUUAACAUGUUAUCAAUAUAAAAAUAUACCCCAAAAUAUCAGCAAUACAUAAUCAGAUAUUUGAUCUAACACUUCCAGUUGAUACAGGCGUGUUUUGUCCAUACCUUGUUGAUACAGGUGUGUUUUCAUCAUACCUUGUUGAUACAGGCGUGUUUUCAUCAUACCUUGUUGAUACAGGCGUGUUUUCAUCAUACCUUGUUGAUACAGGCGUGUUUUCAUCAUACCUUGUUGAUACAGGCGUGUUUUCAUCAUACCUUGUUGAUACAGGCGUGUUUUCAUCAUACCUUGUUGAUACAGGCGUGUUUUCAUCAUACCUUGUUGAUACAGGUGUGUUUUCAUCAUACCUUGUUGAUAUCAUCAGUAUGAAAUGCUGAGUGUUAAUUUAUUUCUAUUGAUCUUAUCUUUUGUACAUAUUGAAUGGGAUUAAAGUGAUUGGACCAUUUUUGACUAAAAUUCCUUUUAGAAUCAAUCGGAUUAAAACACACAUCUAUAUUUCGUUUCAUUUUUUUAUACUUUCGAUGGCCUACACUACAUGAAGAUCUGACUAGUUGUAGUGGAAGGUUGCGUCAGAGGUCAUAUGAAUGGCUUUUGACCCUAUGACGUCAGACUUUGAUUAAUCAAUCAGCGUUGAUGUUUCUAUUGGGUUACCCACAGUUCUGUGCACCUCACGCCUAAACUCACUAUAACAGACAGUUUUAUUGGCUAAUUCCUCACAUCAUCCAGAACGCCUGUUAAAUAACAAAUCUUCCAGAUUCGAGUGUUGUGAAGACAAAUAAAACGAAAUUUUGAAUUUUAAAAAAAGAAACGAAAUAGGAUCUGUGUUUUGAAUCAGAUCGUUAGCAAGAGAAUCAAAAUCUCUCAAAUGGUGAUGACUGAAGGUUAAGAGAUAUUUUUUAUUAACACAAUUGUUGAUGUACAUGUGAAUAAAUAGACAAAGAAAGAUAUUUUAUAUAUUAAUAUAUUGAUUUUAUUUACAAGUUAGUGCUAAUGUAUUAUUGUUAUUUCUUUUAAUAAAACCUAUUUGUAGGGUCGCCUGUCCAACCUCGUCCGCUUUUCUGCAGGUCCUCCGGUUUCCUUCCACUACUAAAGACCAUAUAUAAGUCCAAAAAUGACCAAGUUUGUGUCCAGUGGACCUUAAAUCCUAUUUUUAGACAUUAGACAGUACUGCAUUGUGGGAAGGUGAGGAAUGUGCAGUUGAACAGGCCGUCUACUAAGGACGUCUGAAAAUUUAACAGAAAAUUUCUGAUGAUAUUUCAAAUUUUCGAUAAUAUGAGAGUCACUGUGGGCCGGUAAUAUCCUAAGGGCACUGUUGCAUUAAAUCCUCUACGAAUCCAAUAUUGAUUUAACAUUUUAUAAGUUUGUGUUUUAAUUGCUUAUCAGAUUUUCAUGAAAAUCCAGAUCUUUUUACAUUAUUAUGAAAAGGUCAAAUUCCAAUAAUUGUUAUAAAUAUCCAAAAUUUAAUCACAUGUAUGGCAUAAAUCACAUGUAUGUCAUUAUCACAUAUUUUAAAUCCAGGGGCCUGUUUCACUAAAUCUUAACUAAAGAUAAAAUCCAAAUUUUAGUAGAUACUUCAAUUUUGAUUGGCUAAAGACUAAAAUCAAUUUAAUAUUAUCCAAUCAAAUUACUAAAAUUUGGAUUUUAUCU